AUGGUAGUUUGUGAGAAGAUGAAGCAUGUGGACUUUGUUGUCUAUUUUAAUUCAAUUGAAUGUGAAGUUCAAUGCAUGUGUCGGUUGUUUGCGUUUAGAGGCAUUAUGUGUGCUCACUCACUCUCUGUGCUUGUCAGAAGAUGCAUAAAUGAGGUUCCAAGUAAAUACAUUUUGCCCCGGUGGAGAAAAGAUGUGGAUAGAGAAUACGCAUGCAUCAAAACCACAUACAUCGGCUUUGGGAAUGAUUUCAAUGCAAGUACCUAUGAGAGGAUGAACAAAAAAUUGAUUGCCAUUACACAACUUGCUAGUAACUCUGAAAACAAAACUAGAAUUAUAGGCCUUGGGUUGGAUGAAAUCAAGGAGAGUGUCAUAAAAGAAGAAUCCGGUGAUGGGAGUAAUUUGCCAUGUUCCACAAAAAGUCUGAUUCACACCAGUUCUACACAAGGAGGUACUAGUAAGAAGGUGAUUAGUCCUUUGGUUGCUCGGCGAAGAGGUCGUCCAGUUACGAAACGAAAGGUUGCCAAAGUAGAUCAAAUUGUUAAUCGGUUCAAGGCAAUGGCAAAAAAACAAACAAAAGCGAAGGUUGCUAAGUUGCUUCGAUUUGAAGCUGAAGCUCAAGCUCAAGCUAAAGCUAACGCUACUGCAUAUACACCAUAUUAUCCUUAUAUGGUUGGCACACAAAAUAGUAUGUAUGUACCGGUGACCCAUGGUACUGGAGGCACGUCUCUUACUCUAUCGGGCUUCAUAAGUGGCACGCAGGGAAGUUUGAUGAGUGCUCCAACUCAGAUUUAUGGUUCUGCAUCUCUAACCCCAUCAGUUUCUCAUGCAUGCACACCGGGAAGCUUGGAUAUUACAGACUUGUUUGACUAG